AUGCAUUCUAAGGGCAGCUUGGUGGAGAUGCAAUACACAGCGUCAGACCUGAAGGUGAGUGUGGCGCAUACUCUAAGAACACUUCUGCUGCGCCUCACAGAAUCUCUUCUUUCGCAUCCAUCGUGGCACAUACUAUGUCCAGCAGUGCUUAUUUUCAUGUUUGGUUACCCGGCAAUGUACUCUUUGUGGAUGUCUCCCAGUUUGAUGCUGCUUAAUGGCCAUAGUGGUGCCCAGUGGCUGAAAAACACCCAGUUGAUGAAUGUGGCGCAGCCAAAAUGUGGCGGUGCGGACUUGGUCUGUCGGUGGUUGGAGGUUGAAUCUGGGACAAACGCAAAUGCUAUGAGCAAGAUGUUCAUGUUAGAGCUUAUGGCUGUACAGGAAAGGGUGAUGUAUGGAUUUCAGCGUGACCAGAGUGUGAGCUUUGCGGGAGUGGAGGCAUUUCGGCUGAAAAAUGAGGAAAAGCCAAUUACCAUAUUUGUGGAGUCACCACUCGAGCCUUGGGGUUCGAGCAGACGUGCUCUUGAGGCUGAUAACAACACUUUCAGGACCAUUCAGCGGCAAGGUGUGAACAGAAAGCUGUAUUCUGGUGUUAGGUACUCGGAUGGGCUUGUACGAAGUGCAAAAGCUGCAUUUAUUUUAAUUUGGAGCCGGAAGUCGGAUGAUGAUGUUGUAGGCAGCAGGAUUGGGCAGAAUAUAGUACAAGCAAGGCUUGAGAGUGCGAAUGUGGUUGCUGGGGAGGCUACAGACAGCUCAUUUGCCGUUGAGUUUUCAAGAUGCACUCUUUUUGAGAGAGUAGUUGUCACAAUACUGCCAUUCGUGACAGCUGUGUACUAUUAUGUGGCCUUUUCAAGACUCGGGAGCUUGAAAUCAAGACCCGGAUUGGUUGUUGCACACGUAGUAGAGCUCAUUCUUUCGGAAUUUGCCGCCGGAACGGUGACAUGCAUACAUUCCGGCCUGAAGUUUGACAUUCUGCAGCUUCCAAUGGCAGUUUUUCUGUGUGUGCCGGUACUUGUGAGUCUGAGCAACACGUUCAGACUUGUGAGAGCAGUUAGAGACACACCGGAAGAGUGUAAUUUCCCGCUGAGGGUGCACCAGGCGUUGCUGGAGAGCGUUCCGGCAAGUGCAAUGCUUGUAAUUGAAGUUUGUCUUGUAUCCUUGGUGGAAAUAAAGCUUACAGGCUCGAAUCUGGGCAGGCAGGUGGCUAUUUUCACACUUGCGAGCUGCUUGUUUGACUUCUUUCUGCACGUGACUUACUUUGCGACAUGCCUAACGAUCGAUGUUCGCAAACUGGAGCUCCAGGAUGUGUUGCAAAAGAGCGUAAACAGUCCCGAUGUGUGCCGGCGGCAUUUGGGCACGUUCCAGCGGCUGUGGACUGCUUUUGGAGUUCUGGCAUGCUUUUUGUGGAUGGGAACAUGGACCAGGACCGGAAAUCCAGCGGCUUCCGGGCAGAUUCCAGCGGCAGUGCUCGGACAGGCUCUUGGCAACGGUCGUUUUUUCGCCAACAUGGUUUCGCAGGUCUCAGGUAAGCCCACCGGGACAGUUUCCGUCGCUUUGGCACCGGAAUCCGGGUUGCUCAGGCUUGGCACUGGUUCCUGGGCAUCUAGUGUCGCGAAUUCCGGUCUUCUGCCGACGGUUUUCCGGUUCAACGUGUCGUAUUUUGUUGAAUACGGGGCAUUUGUCAUCUUUGUGGCCUGCACGGCUUACGUUGGGUUGAAGAUUGCCUUAUCGAGCGAGCCGGCAGUAUUAGACAUGCAGCAGAUGAGCGAUACUGGAAUGGAGGAGAAGGAGGAGGGAAAAGAAAGAAAGGAAAGAGGAAAAGGAGAAGCUGCAAAGACACCAAGAGCACACGUGACUGGUGAUGUUAUUGGAAGCUUAGCUACACAACCAACUGCAAAGAGCUCUGGGUCUGCAGCUUACGAAAGCACGGGCUUGAAGAAAAGGAGGCAGCGGGAAUUCCAGCAUUCUGGAAGCAGUAUUGGUGAUAAAGCACGAUCUUUCAAGUGCAAGGAGCUUUCAAGAGGCCACUUUCUCGAUGUGGCGGCUGUUGCAACGUCCAGCUGCCCGUUUGUGACUUCUGUGGGCUUGGACAACAAGAUUCUCGUCUGGUCACCACUCGUUCGGCCGAUUCCUGUUCCCACGCAGCUCCCGAUGUCUGUGAAGCUGCUGCCGGUUAAAAAAGUGGUGAUGUCACCGUCCGGAUCGCUAAUUGCAGUUUUCUGCCGAGGUGGCAUGGUCAAAUGCUGGUCGAGGCUUGCAAUGGCGUGGAUAUGGACGAUUCACAGUCAGGGUCUUGAGGGUGAGAUGCCGUUAGAGGCGUUUUUUCGCACGAGACACGUUCCAGGAGCCAGGUCACGUGGUGGGAGGAGGCGGAUGGGAAGAAUUGAAAGAAGAGGAGAUGCUGAAGGAAGUAGAGAUACUCAAACAAGUUUAAGUGGUGAAAGAGGGGGAGCUACUGAAACAAGUUCAGCUACUCCAAGUAAUUCUUCACCCACCUCCCAAACAAACCAAUCCACUACUUCCCCCCACAUUAACACAUUUCUUCACCCUCCAAGCAACCGCCCCCUUUCUCCGGACUCCCGGUUCGACUCCAGCACAAACCUCCGGCUGCUCAGUCGGAACUCGCACCGGGACUUCGUGAUUGUCCUCUCCACGGGUAUUCUGCUCACUGUUGACUGCGUUACGGGAAAUACCGAGAAGCAGGCCGUGAUGGACGGCCUGGGGCCAGAAUCUGCCGCCCGGCUGGCCCCAGGGGCCCGGAUAAUGUGCUGCACAGCACUCUGUACGCCCCGGAUGAGCGACCGCCUGGUGUUCGCGCUGUCGGACGGGUCGUUGCUCGUGCUGGUGGCUACCGGGACGCGGUGGCGGGCCCACGUGGUGAACGUGCACCGCGGGUACAACAGCGGGGACAACAGCCCACCCUCGCACCUCAGCGACCACACCUCGCACCUCCAGGCAUCAGUUGUGCUCGCCCCCGUGCCAUUUGUCGGCAUGGUGGUCCGUGCCUGCCAUCUCCAGGCCCAACUCAUCGAUGUGCAGUCCGGAACAGUGCUCCGGGAGGGCCCCAUUGGUCAGUUCAGGCCGGAUUCCUUCCGAGUUUUCCACCCGGAGCCUUCGCACUGCCGGUUCUGUGGUUGUGCCUCAGUCCGCUCCUUCACGCUUGCCUACACCGAGUUGGAGACCGGCACGUUGAUCGUGCACACUUUCACGAUCGACAACAGGGCCAAGAACAGCAUCUGCCUGCGUGUUGACCGGGACCCGCGCGAGACCAGGUGCCUUGGCUUUGCAUCUGUCUCCGAGCACCAGCACUGGCUCCGUCACGUCGCGGGCUGGCUCCCGACGGACCUGGACAGCAUCCUGGGGAUCAGACGCAGGAGCCGGCCGGCUGGCAGGAGCUCCACUGCGCUGGACGACCCGUUCUGGCACUUACUGCCUGGUGGACACCCUACAGCUGCCACUGGGGGCCACCAGGCAACUUCACACCGCUGGGAGGGCUUCACCAUGUCGGCAGACGGCGCCGUGAGCUUCUACGACAUCCCAGAGGGGGCCCAGCCGGGGCUCGCGGCCAAAUCAGUCGGCCCACUCGCCAAGUUCGGCCACAAAUCCAUCGUGGCUGCCUUUGGAAACGUUCUAAAGGUGCUUUACCUCGGCAACGACAACCUCAUCGAGGAGAAUAACGAUGACCGCGACUCCUGCCUUGGUGGUGUCACCUCCAACUCCUUAUCCUUCAUCAACAGACGCCGCAGAAUGCGUCUCCGCAGAUACAGGUUGACCCACUCCACCAAUUUCAACGACUCCAUGCCGUCUUCUGCCGCCAGCAGCGACACCGAGCAGUGA